UUAUCAUCUUUAAACUCAUUUUAUAUUAAGGAGAGGAGGUAGUAGUAGUAGUAUUUUUGUUUUUAUAGGCUAGAGAGAGUUGUGAUCCGUCAAUGUUAAUGAAGGUAUAAGUCAUUGACUUAACGUCUAUUUAUUUUUUUUCUGUCAACUAAUUCUUCCCCAACAAUUUCAUGGUAGUUGUCACCCAACCAUUUUUUCUAAACUUUUCAUUCUCCGAAAUUUCCCAUUUCCAUUUCAAUAAUACCCAAACCCCAUUUUAAAAACACAUCCAUCAUUUCACACAUUCACUUCAUUUCAAUACAACAAACACAAUGCAACAUCAGCACCUUUCUAACCGCCAAUUAGAGCCAUGGCACAGUCUCACCGGAAAAGUCGUUCUCGUAACCGGCGCUUCUGCCGGAAUCGGCCGUGAUUUAUCUCUUGAUCUCGCUCGAGCAGGCUGUCGUGUCAUUGUCGCAGCUCGUCGAGUUGAUCGUCUUCAAUCUCUCUGUGAUGAAAUCAAUGGACGGUUAUUGUCACCGGAGAAACAAAGCCUCCGUGCUGUUGCGGUGGAACUUGAUGUUGCCGCUGAUGGCUCCGCCAUUGAGAAGUAUGUGCAGAAGGCGUGGGAGGCUUUUGGAUGUAUUGAUGCGUUGAUCAAUAACGCUGGUGUUAGAGGAAAUGUGAGUUCACCCUUGGAAUUGUCUGAAGAAGAAUGGAACAAAGUAUUUAAAACAAACAUAACCGGUACAUGGUUAGUGUCAAAAUAUGUAUGCAAACUCAUGUGUGAUGCAAAGAGAAAAGGAUCAAUUAUCAAUAUAUCUUCAAUUGCUGGCUUAGAGAGAGGCCAAUUGCCUGGUGCUACUGCAUAUGCAUGUUCAAAGGCAGGUGUCAAUAUGCUAACAAAGGUGAUGGCAUUGGAAUUGGGAGCAUACAAAAUAAGAGUGAAUUCAAUAUCACCAGGACUAUUCAAAUCUGAAAUUACUGAAAAUUUGAUGAAGAAAGAUUGGUUAAACAAUGUGGCUGAAAAAACAGUACCAUUGAGAACAUUUGGCACUUCAAAUCCAGGAUUAACAGCAAUUGUUCGCUACUUAAUUCAUGAUUCUUCUGAAUAUGUCACUGGAAAUAUUUUUAUUGCUGAUGCUGGUGCUACCUUACCCGGCGUGCCUAUUUAUUCUUCAUUAUGAAUUAAUACAUGACAUGAUAUGAUAUGAUAUCAUACAUUGUGCAAUGUCUAAAAUUAUGAUCAUUGAAAUUUGGUUUAAAAUUUAUAUAAAACUAAUUAAAUUAAUUAUAUAGAUCAGAACCGUCUGAUAUGUUUUGUAUGGCUGUGAUUGUCUACUACGUGUGGCAGUUAUUGGAGAUCUAAAUCCGUUAUGGUGUUCUCAUGGUUACUAAUCUACACAUAUAGAAAACAUAUUGCAGAUAAUGAAUGUAAGCUAAUAUUGCAACCAACAGAUUACUACAUAAAUGAGAUUAUGAAAGAACAUAGUUUUGAUAA